CACAACCAUCGGAGAGGCUUGAGCGGCCAACGGUGCCUCGGUUGACACAUACACAACAACACACGCAGCUCACGCAGACCGUCAAACAGCAGGGUGCAAAGACAUGACCAAAUAACACGGCGAGCAAACGGGGACAAGCCGCCGCACUGCGAAGCGGAGAUCUGUCGCAGCAGCUGCUCAGACAUGUCCACAGUGCAGCCCUGAAAGGAAAAUGAAGCGCAAGAGCGAGAGGAGACGAGCCGAGUCCAGGAAAAAGCGCUGUGCGGCUGCGAACAGCUCAGAGGCGGAGCCAAACUCUGAUAUUUACAUUGAGAUAACAGACCAACUAUACUUCGCCAUACUUCAGCAAAAGAUCAAAAGCACAGCUGAACGCCACUGUUUCUGCAUAGAUGAAGAGCUGGCAUAUGAAAACUUCUAUGCGGACUUUGGUCCCCUCAACCUGGCCAUGUUUUAUCGCUUUUGUUGCAAGCUGACAAAGAAGCUAAAGUCCAUCACACUUUCAAGAAAGAAGAUCAUAUUUUACACCUGUGGAGACCAGAAGAAACAAGCCAAUGCUGCCUAUCUAAUAGGCUCCUAUGCUGUAAUGCAUCUGAAUAUGACACCGGAGGAGGCCUACAGUCUGCUGGUGUCAAGGAAUUCAACAUAUAUUCCAUUCAGAGAUGCUUCAUUCGGCACCUGCAUGUACAAUCUGAAUAUUUUAGAUUGCCUUCACGCAGUUCACAAGGCUCUGCAGUACGGCUGGCUUGACUUCACCAACUUUGACGUGGAGGAAUAUGAGCACUAUGAGCGAGCAGAAAAUGGAGAUUUAAACUGGAUUAUUCCAGGGAAGUUUCUUGCUUUCAGUGGGCCUCAUCCAAAAAGCAAAAUAGAAAAUGGGUACCCUCUGCACGCUCCUGAGGCUUACAUCCCCUACUUUAGGAAACACAACAUCACUACUGUCAUCCGUCUUAACAAGAAGAUGUAUGAUGCCAGGCGCUUCACAGACUCGGGCUUUGAACACCAUGACCUGUUUUUUGUGGACGGCAGUACACCCAAUGACUCAAUCGUCCGGAAGUUCCUUAAUAUAUGUGAGAACGCAGAAGGAGCCAUUGCUGUGCACUGUAAAGCUGGUUUAGGGAGAACUGGCACUCUGAUUGGUUGCUAUAUGAUGAAACACUACCGCCUGACUGCUGCAGAGGCGAUUGCCUGGAUACGAAUCUGUCGACCAGGGUCCAUCAUUGGGCCUCAGCAGAACUUUGUUGAAGAGAAGCAGAAUAAUCUUUGGGCAGAAGGCGACGUUUUCCGGGAGAAGAUGUUUAAUGAGCGAGAAAAUGGCAAAAUGGCUGUAACCCGGAUCCUGUCUGGAGUGGAUGACAUUACCAUCAAUGGAAGCAACAAGAACAGAACAUCCAAGAAAAAGGAAGUGGAACUAUAUAAUGAUGAAGAUGAGAGAAACGGCCUUACACAGGGAGAUAAACUGCGAGCUCUGAAGAGCAAGAGGCAGGCCAGGUCAUCCUCGGGUUCGCUAUCACUGGAAGAGAAUAAGAUUCACACCAGGUCAUCGUCCCAAUCCCUAAGUAGAGUCAUCCUGCAGACCAGUGUUCAGGGCUGCAAGGCCAGCGUCAACCCCUUGGCUCUGUCUGACCACUCAGACGGCAGGAAGAGGACCAGAACUUCACUACCCACCAGCGGAGUGGGAGGCAGCUCCCUGUGCCACACCAGACUGGUCAGGUCCCUAGGCAACUUGAAUGUAGUGGCUGGCGACAGGGACCCAAUGUGUUGUGAGCCAUGUGGCAGCCAUAGAGACACAGCCAGUGCAACAGACAACACAGGCGCUCUCAUCAACUUAAACAUGGCGCAGGUCCACCGGCAGACGCACUGCCUCCAGAGGACGUAAAGCUCGCAGCUCUUUACAAACAGUGCGAUUUUCCAGGCUAUGUCACUCCAUACCCAAGGCUAGAGCUCCUCUGCUUCGGUGAGCCUGUGGAUCCAGAAACCCUGAGGAAUUUUUACAUGAAAUGUAACUUAUACAGCUGUAUUACUGUGCUAUUCUUACAGUAUAAUAAUUUUUUGGAAAAAAUGUUGGAACAGUCCCUAACCAACAUGUGACAUGUAAGUCACUUUUAGAUUUGUUUUGAUUACAAGUUAUUUUACCCUUAAGGCACUUAGACUUUUUUUUUUAUACUUUUAACACAGCAUCAUGAAACAAAUGCAUAGCCUUAUCAAUGCUUGGUUGUUGGUACUUAUUUAAGCAUGCAGUAGCACAGACAAACAUCCGACCGGCAUUUGAAUGUGUUAAUGUGUAUCAGAAAAUACAGGAAAUGUGUCGACGUAGAGAGACCUCCUGUCAUGAGCACUGUGAGGAUACGAUGGGAACACUCACAUUCUGUUGGAAAGAUUAAUGUAAUUAACCCAAGGAUGUAGAAUUAUCAUGACAUAAGAAGAAACAUCAUGGUUCAUUGUUUUCACACCCCUGCUACUUUCUUGGUGUCAGAAAGGCCUGGUUGAAAUAUCUCUUUAGCAACAUUUCCAUCUCAAUUUUCAGCACUGUGCACAUUUGUACCUCCAUGCAAUAUCUGACUUGUCUUUUACUUGUGAAGCCUUUCAGCUACUGUAUUUCAAGACUGUAAAUAUGGCAAAAUUUGAUAUACUCAGUUUGUAUUUUGUAAAUAUUUUGUACUAUGUUGAAAUCAUGCUAUGAAAUUAGACCGUCCUAAUGGGACUGUGUCUAACCCAUGUUCAUAAUCCACUAAAUACUUAAUUUGAAGCACAUAGAAUCAGACUUUUUAAAUAAAAAAACAAAGUAUUCCAGUUGU